GGUCAUCUGGUCUGUAACAGUGGUCUGGCAAGGCAGUUUGCCAGUGGUUUAAGAGUUUAAAAUAAACUUGCAGGUUAACAGGAGCCAAAGGAGAAAGAAGGUGCACAAAUAUUGGAAGAGACAUGCUAAUAAUGUAAGAGUUAACAAGGUGUGGUCAGAAUAAGAGAGAAUGUAAUAACUUUGAAAUUACAUUGUUAGUGUAUCUUUGUAAGCACAUAAACCAUGGUAAAUACAUUGAUAAACUAUCGUCUUUUGACAUCAACAGGGACAUGGUCUGGAAAAGUGGAUGUUAAACAUUUGUGGAUUUGCAGGAAAAAAAGAAUAGGAGAAGUUGACAAAGGAGAACUUUAUUGUUAGUAGGGUUGGCCUGGAGUGGCCAGAUCUAUUUGGUACAUAGCAGCCAUAGUGCCAAGGGGGAGUGAGUACUGCAGAUGUUGACUGAGCUGUUAAUUAAGCAGGCUACAUUGUCCUGGAUGGUGCCCAACUUCUUAAGUUGCACUCAACCAGGCAAGUGGAGAGAAUUCCAAACUAUCAGGAGAUAAAAUAUUCACUGCAGGAUUCCUAGUCUCUGACUUGUCCUUUCAGUAACAGGAUUGAUAUGGCUGGUCCAGUUCAGCUUCAGUCCAAUGAUGACCCAGAGGAUGUUGACAAUCGUGCACGUUGGCUGCUCGUCACUGCCAGGCUGGUAGUCUGUGCUAGUGGUAACCUGCCUUUGGGAAGAAUGCCUGGAUUGUGUCUGGCCAUCAAUGAAGCACCUCAGAAAUUCCUCCCAGUCUCACCUUGAAGCCUGCCCCUAUUGGACAAAAAGGAUUCCACCCAAAGUUCAGAUCAGUGACCUUUCAUCAGAGGAAAAGACUUUUAUUUCAUAAGUCCUUCAAUAAAUUCUGUGUAAUGCUGCAUAUCAUUUUGCAGAAUGACAUCUUUCACAGGGCCAAGUUCUUAUUUUUUUUUCAGUCACUGAUCUCGACCUCUGAUAAAUAAUUUGAGUAAGCAAAUGACUGACCUUUGUGCAAAUUCAAACUUUACUGAAGAAGUCAACUUUUCAACAGCGGGUGGUAAGUUUCACUCAGUCUUAAGAACAACAAUUACCUGACACGGGGUGCGCUGCACUUACAACAGGAUUUGUCAAAAUGGCGAGGUUAGGAGCUGAAAUUUUGGCCUCCAGAAAAGCACUGACCAUGUCGAGCUCUGACUGAGCUAUUAACAACUGCUCUCGCUAACAGAACCGUCCCCCCUCCCACCAUCACCUCCCUUCUCAGUGGGAGACCGUGACUAUUUCCAAGCCAAAUAGGAUGACAGUGAAUGGGAGGGUGGGAAAGGAGGAAAUUUUGGGAAGCACUGGUUUAGAGAAACAGCUCUCAUGGGGGGGGCGGGGGCAUGUGUUAUCUAAAGAAACGAUUCUCAGUCAACUCGCUUUGCAGCUGAUGAAUAACGCGAUUUGAUUGGAGCCAAGUGGUUUGAUUUCCCAUCAUCGAGAAGAAAACAAACAGUGGUGACAUUAUUGUUCCUCAUUGCAGGAUUCUGGGAUGUAGGCUGGCUUUAUCUGGACUGCUGCAUCGAACUGGAAUGCAGCAGGUGCCAAAGGCUCGGAGCGGGAUGAGAAAGAAUCUCCUCUUUCAUCCACGGAGUUGCUGAUGGAACAGACUGCGGGAAUAUGAUAGACAGCUUCCAGCCCCUCUGCAGAUCCCCAUCAUAACACCUUCCUUUGUAUGAAGAGGGGGCGGGGAGGAGGGGGCCCAGGCAAAGGGUGGAGGGUGGGGGGUGAAAGUAAACUUCAAAUAUAGAUUUUAACCUUCAACAUUGUGUAAAAAGAUAUGCAACCAUGACUUUUGUGCCGUCCUGGAUUUUUGUUGUAAUCACCUACCUCACUUGUCCUACAGGGUUUAUCAAAGCUGAGCUCCAGGCGGGGUGGAACGUCAGGUUAGUCUUACAAGAGACCACUCAACCUCAGCGAUUAAUCCACAGUGUUCACUCAGGAAAGGAAAUCAAACACAACCGACUGAACACCAGGGUCCCGAACAACAGCACAGCUUCUCAUUUUAUUCACCUUGCACAAGCAAGCUUCCUGAUAGAAGUAUUUGGUUCAUCCUUCAUUUUGGACCUAGAUUUGAACCAUGAAUUGCUGUCAGCACAUUACGUUGAAAGGCAUUUCGGGGAUGAAGGAAAGACCACACAGGCUUUGGGCAGUGAACAUUGUUAUUACCAUGGAAACAUCAGAGGAAACCCCAACUCCUUUGUGGCUAUGUCAACAUGUCAUGGACUGAGUGGUGUGUUUAAUGAUGGAAACUUCACUUACGUUAUUGAAGUAAUGCACGGCAAAACCGAUCAGCAUGAUCAACAACCUCAUAUUAUAUACAGAUCUCCUGGGUUUGAGAUCCCUGUGGGAUGUACAUCAUCUGGGUGCUUUACUGAUGCCAACAUGCAACAGAACUCUCCUCCAGAAAUUCAAAGGACACGAACCAAACGACAGGUACACCGAGGCCCUCAUACUGUUCUGAGAGAAACCAAGUACAUUGAGCUGAUGUUGGUCAAUGACUACACCCUGUUCACAAAGCGACACUACUCUGCUUCACUUACAAGCAACUUUGCCAAAUCAGUUGUGAAUCUUGCCGAUGCUAUAUUCAAAGAACAAUUGAAUACACGGGUUGUGUUGGUUGCUAUGGAAACUUGGGCAUCUGGAGACAAAAUAGAUAUCAAUGAAAAUCCACUGGUGACGCUGAGAGAUUUCAUGAAGUACCGACGAAGCUCUGUCAGAGAAAACAGUGAUGCCUUUCACAUGCUUUCAGGCCGGACAUUUGAGUGUAGUCACAGUGCAACAGCCUACAUUGGAGGAAUGUGCUCUUUAUCAAAAGCCGGAGGGAUUAAUGAGUAUGGAAAUUUAGGUACAAUGGCUGUCGCGCUCGUUCAGAGUCUGGGUCAAAACCUUGGAAUGAUGUGGAAUAAGCAUCAUGCAGGAGCAAGUGAGUGUUGGUGUCCUGAUGCCUGGUCUGGUUGUAUAAUGGAUGAUAUGGGAUACUAUUUCCCGCAAAAAUUUUCAAGGUGCAGUACCAAUGAAUACAGACAGUUUCUGCAGGCUGGAGGUGGCACCUGUCUUUUCAAUAAGCCUCAAAAGCUAAUUGAUCCUCAAGAAUGUGGAAAUGGGUUUGUCGAAACAGGAGAAGAAUGUGACUGUGGUUCUGAAACUGAAUGUGACAAAGUUGGUGGCAAAUGCUGCAAGAAGUGUACCCUUACCCACAAUGCAAUGUGCAGUAAUGGACUCUGUUGCCGAAAUUGUCAGUAUGAACCACGAGGUGUGAUCUGCAGGCAGGCAGUGAACGAGUGUGACAUUGCAGAGACUUGCCCAGGAGACUCCAGCCAGUGCCCUGGGAAUGUGCACAAACUGGAUGGCUACUAUUGUGACAAUGAACAGGGGCGUUGUUAUGGUGGAAGAUGCCAAACCAGAGACAAACAGUGCAGUUACAUCUGGGGUCGCAAUUCGGCCGAUCGAUUCUGUUAUGAAAAGCUGAAUGUCGAAGGGACCGAGAAGGGAAACUGUGGCAAAGAUGGCCAAAGCUGGCUUCAGUGCAGUAAGCAGGAUGUGCUUUGUGGUUAUCUUUUUUGUUCCAAUAUCACUCAGCCUCCAAGACGUGGGGAACUCAAUGGAGACAUUACCAGCAUGGUAUUAUACCAUCAGAACAAGUACAUAGAUUGCAGGGGAGGCCAUGUUGUACUUGAUGAUGGGACCAGUCUUGGUUAUGUAGAAGAUGGCACUGCCUGUGGACCCAACAUGAUGUGUCUCGAUCGCAGAUGCCUACCAAUACAAGCCUUCAACCUGAGCACCUGUCCACAGAGCUCAAGUGGAGAAGUUUGCUUUAACCAUGGGAUAUGUAGUAACGAGGCAAAAUGUAUAUGUGUCCGUGACUGGACAGGGAAGGACUGCAGUGUCUUUGAUCCAUACUUGGAACCAACUCCAGCAGGGAGUACUGAUGGACAGUACAAGGGAACAUUCGGAGAGGAAGAUCUGGAGGAGCAUAAAAUGCCUUUCAUCUGUAUACGAUACUCUCUUUACUCCAAUAAAACCAAUGUCUUCCGAUGCUCAAGGAACCAGACCUUCUCUGUCUUGUUGCUGUGGAAUACACUUAUAGGUAAACUUCAGGGCCUGGAAAAAGAAAGGAAAGUUGAACCGGUGCUUCAAUGAAAAGCUGAAGAAAACACUUCUGAAACGUACUGAAAUCUAUGCUGUGUCUUUACUCUGUUUAGAGCUUUGGUGCAUGCUCCAGCCCAUGAGAAUAAAGAUAAUAGUUUCAGGCUUUGGGUGAGGUAGGUGGCCAUACUGUAAAGCAUGCCAGUUUUGGGUUUAAAAAAACAACAUUCUAGGUCUUGCCACAGAAUCCAUCUGACCCUGUAGAUUCACUCAAAUAAUCAUUAUAUUGUGAGAGAGCACGAGAGCACAAAUUGUCCUGAAUGUCACUGGUUUACUGCUGUCCUGAUGUCAAAGCUCUAAUGAUCUGGCCUGCAAAACCUACCUUUUUGUCCUUGUAUUUCACAUUUGCUGAUAGCCCUGUUUGAAUUUUCUUAUGUUGGAGUGCUAUUCUUAGCUCAAAUGAAUCCUCAUCUCAUCUACUAAUGUAAGCAACAUGAGAUAUGUGCAAAUUCAUGUAAAGAUGUAUUUAAACUUGCAAGUAGUUUCCAAUGCUCUAAAUUUGGCUGUGAAAUAAUUCAUGGGGCAAAAUAUUUUUGCCACCUUUCUAACUUCAGUGGUGGAAGAAAUUUAUGAGUUAUUGAAAAAAGCUGGAUUUUGUCAUGAAAAUAUUUAGUGAGUUGCCUGUUCGUUCUUUCACUUGCAGAAGACCUAAAAGAGGGAGAGAGAAACUUACAAAUGGUGACUCAAUGUGGUGAGCCUUAGUACUCCCAUACUAAUCCAGCAAUAAAUCCUGGCUACUCAGUUUCCAAAGUUAGAUACAUUGGGCAGGAAUACACCAGCAGAAAUUGUGACAGCUGAAGGAUCAGGGAGCAGUGACAUAUCUGGAUGAUUUGUACAGAGCAAUGUUAAACCGAGAUGAUAUUUUUCUUUGAAAGAAAAUCAUGAGAAGAGGGAAACGUACAUUAAAAUUGGCUUUUAUGAACUAUGACUGCUUCUUAGAGUUUAACCUGAACUAAGAAAAUUGCAUGUUUGUAACAGGUAUCCUUAAUUUUACAGAUCAAGAAUUUGAAGUUAAAUUGUAAAGAUUAGUUUAAAUUAAGUAAAAUACAAAGCUGGCUUAAAAUAUGGGACACAAAUAAAUUGACAACUUCGGACUUAAACAGGGGACAUGGAAUGUUUGAUAUAUGAUGAAGGCUCAGAAAUGAAGCUACCUCGAUUCUUAGAACAGUUGAUACUAUCAAACCUUGUUAUGUUAGCUCAAGUUAACCAUCAGAAAUGUAUCUUAUUAUGGUUAAAAAUCUCUAAGGUUGAGCUGGGACCAACAACUUGCGUAAAAAGUGGCAUUUGUUUAAGUGAAGAACUACCAUUAACUCCAUGAAAGUAGCCUUUCUCAAAAUGGCUUCUCCCAGUUUCUAAACUAACACUGCCAACAUUACUGUCCAUGUCAUUGUACUAUCUUGGUAUGUUUUUCCUCUGUAGUCUUCCACUGGAGAAUUAUCACAUGAAGUGCACAAUGAUUACAACUGAUGAUUGCAUUUAAUUAAAAAGGGUUUUUCUUUCUGGACUUUGCAAACUCAAACUACUUCUUAAAAGUUGCAAAUAUAGAGCAAGUAGGCUCGAAAUUUACUGCAGCACUUCUACAUAAUUUUGGUUUAUACCCAUAAAAAUCCUACACUGUAUACAGAUAUAUGAUUAUCUGCAUUUCAUGCUAUUCAGUCUGAAUUCUCAACACAACUCAUGGCCAUCCAAGUGAACAUUCCUGGCUCUUCACCUUCCCACUCAGGAGGGUGGAGCAAGGGAGAAGGAAGUUUUGAAUGACAAAUUGGAAUUUAUUAUUUUUCUAAACAUGAAGUUGAGAAUUAUUUUUCUUCAGGCAGAUGGUGUGGAGUCAGGGAAAUAUUCUAUGAGCAGUCCACUCCAAAAAGGCAAGUCCCACACUUGUACCUGUCACCACGUCAGAUGUGGUACUUGCUUGAUAAGAUUCCUUACUUCUCAAAGCUGAUAAACCUCUUAUCAAGCAGAGAAAAUAGUAGCCUGUCAAAUGGAGAGAAAGAUUGUUCGCAAUCUGAAGAUUGAAAGUAUAAAACAUUUUUCGAGAGCAGCCCAAAUAUAAACCAUGCUGUAUCACGAGGAUGCUACCUAAUAAAGACAGUGUAGAACAAGAGCUGCAGGAUAUAAAUGUAGAUCGCAAUCCAGGAAUUUUGAGGAAGGAAUUAGAAAGAUAGGCAGGGGAUAUUUUUUGAACAAGAACAUGAAGAUCUUGACAGCAUAAUUUAUCCACACCUUGGAUACUUGUGCAGCAAAGACUUAUGGCCAUGGGUCUCUACAACUACAGCCAUGGGUGUAAGCUGGGACUUACUGUUCCAGGACUGAGAAAGUUCAGUGAAGGUGUGUGAAUUAUCUCACCUAUUGGAGAUGGAAUGGUUACAUCUUAACUGGUUAUGAAUUCUCAAUAGGAUGAGUUCCGUCACGUCAACUAAUUCACACAGCUUAAGUACCACCUUUGUGUGUUAUUGACUGGCUGUAAUGUGUGGAGUUUUAGAGACACUCCUUGAAUCCUUCUUUCCCAACUACAAUGCUCAGAGACGAAUGUUUCUUUCUGACUCAAUCGAGGACAUAAGACCAUAAGACAUAGGAGUGGAAGUAAGGCCAUUCGGCCCAUCGAGUUCACUCCGCCAUUCAAUCAU